GGUUUUGUUGCUGGUGGAACUUUGACCGCCACCAAAACUGUCGUCAAAUAUCCCCUCGACACGGCCACUGUCCGUCUACAAAUGCCGAAUUCAGAUUAUUCAUUUCGUCAACUUUUUCGUCUCUUCGAUGGAAGCUAUCGGGGAGUCGCCAAUCCCUUACUGGCCAAUAUUCCGGCUGGGGCCAUAUUCUUUGGAGUCAAGGAUGCUUGUAAAGAGAACUUGCGUGUCAGCACAAACUUGCCUCGGUGGGUCCAGACGACCUUAGCGGUCGCCGUGGCCCAGGUUCCUUACUGGGCUGUUCGAAACCCGAGCGAAGUAGUCAAAACGCGGCAGCAAGCCAAUAUUGAUGGAUACAAUGUAGGGCCACUUGAGGCGUAUCAAAAAGUGAUACAGGACUCAAUGACCAAAAAUGGCAAUGCGACAACAGGACUUGAAGGGUUGUACACAGGAUAUUGGGAGAAUAUUUUGUAUGCCUUUCCUGCUGACGUAAUCAAAUUUGUUUGCUACGAUCAGUUCUCACGCGGACGAAAGAAUCUCCCACCUGGUGAAGGAGCCAUGGCUGGAGCUGCCGCCACCGCCAUUGCUCAGUUCGUAACAACGCCUCUGGAUGUGGUUCGGAACCGCAUUAUGGCAGUAGAGACUAAAUUCAGCGGUAAUGAUAGGGUUACCCCGUCAUACUUGGACAGUUUGACAACUUUGGCUCGAGACGAAGGCCUCCCUGGAUUAUUUGCUGGGUCCAGUCCGAGGGUUGGUAAAGCUAUUCUAAGUGGAGCAAUUCAAUUUGCGACCUACGAAGAGACUAAGCAAGAUAUUGCUAAAGCGUUUGAACGGCGGCAGCAGCAAUGA